UUCAGUUUAUGUCAACGUAUCAGGUGAUGACGUAUACGAGAUAGGAGAAGAAUCAUCAAGAAUUUCUUUGAAAAACUUACUGAAAUAUAUUAAAGAUAAGAAGAUAAAAUCUGCGUAUGAAAAGGAAUAUAAGGAAUUACCAAGUGGUUUGUGUUCUUCGUAUGAUUAUUGUAUGAAUGCUGUAAAUAAACCUAAAAACAGAUAUAAAAAUAUUUGUGCUUUUGAUCAUUCAAGAGUUAAACUAGACAUAAUGAAUGGUGAUCCUAAUUCCGAUUACAUUAAUGCUUGCUAUAUUACGCAGGGCUAUGGUGAUCAUAAAAAUAAAUAUGUUGCUUCUCAGGGCCCAGUUGUUGAUAUUGUUAAUGAAUUCUGGCGAAUGAUAUGGAUUGUAGAAACAGGAAAGAUAAUUAUGUUGACUAACCUUGUAGAAAUAGGAGUGCACAAAUGUUUUAGAUAUUGGCCAACGCUUGGCAAAGAGAAAACAUUUGGGGAAAUAUCAGUCAGAAUGACGAAAGAAGAUACAUAUGCUAACUUUACCGUUCGAACACUUCAAGUUAACAAAGGCGACAGUAGAUCUAGAACCAUUAAACAGUACCAUUAUACAUCUUGGCCUGAUAAAGGUGUUCCUACUGAUACAGCAUCAUUGGUAGAAUUCAGAAACAAAGUUCUAACAUCAAACACUGCCCAUUUAGGACCAAUGGUUAUACAUUGCAGUGCUGGUAUUGGAAGAACAGGGACUUUUAUAGCCAUAGAUUUUCUAAUAGAGGAGGCUAAAGCAACAGGUUCAGUAGAUAUGUAUGAAUGUGUUAAACAGCUGCGAUAUGAACGGGUUAGCAUGGUUCAAACUUUGGAACAAUAUGCAUUUCUCCACGAUGCUAUAGCUGAAUGGUAUAUAGCUGGCAAUAUGUCUUUCCCGGUGACUGCAUAUCAAGUCGAGUACAAAAAACUACUAAAAGUCAAUGGUUCAACUGGCAAAUCAGAACUCCAGGAACAGUUUGAGAUGCUUGAAGAUAUUUGUCCUUCCUUAAAUACAGAAGAUUUUUCAGUUGCUUUGUUGGAAGAAAACAGAACAAAGAAUAGAGACAUGACAGUCCUAGCAUCUGAUACAACAAGAAUAUGUUUAUUUAAGAGAGAAACCGACUCAUCUGACUAUAUUAAUGCUGUAUUUCUACCGGUAAGAUAA